UUGUUGAGCCUUUUUUGAAAGAAACGGCAACGCUGCUGUUAGCUUAGGUACCGACAGGCCGCCCCCCUGUUAUUUCUGCCGUAACCCGUUGUCGACUUGUCUCCUGUCAUUCGCCAUGGAUGAAGAAUACGAUGCCAUCGUCCUUGGAACAGGACUAAAAGAAUGCAUUAUCAGUGGUAUGCUUUCUGUUUCUGGCAAGAAAGUCCUUCAUAUGGACAGGAACAAGUAUUAUGGAGGGGAAUCUGCUUCUAUUACACCGUUGGAGGAGCUGUUCACCAAGUUUGAGGCUCCAGCUCCUAAUGAAAGCUAUGGUAGAGGAAGGGACUGGAAUGUUGACUUGAUUCCAAAAUUCUUAAUGGCCAACGGUCAACUGGUCAAGCUUCUGAUCCACACCGGUGUCACCCGUUACUUGGAAUUCAAGUCUGUAGAAGGUUCCUAUGUCUACAAGGGUGGCAAGAUUUCCAAAGUCCCUGUUGACGAGAGGGAAGCUCUCGCUUCAGACUUGAUGGGCAUGUUUGAAAAACGCCGCUUCAAGAAUUUCCUAGUCUUUGUUCAAGAUUAUCGUGAAGAUGAUCCCAAGACGUGGAAGGAUGUCGACCCGAAUAACACCAAUAUGGCUCAGGUGUAUGAAAAAUUUGGCUUGGACAAAAACACGGCUGAUUUCACUGGUCAUGCUUUAGCUCUGCACCGGGAUGAUGACUAUCUAACUAAACCAUGUUACGAUACCAUCCGGCGCAUCAAACUCUAUUCGGAUUCACUGGCGCGUUACGGCAAAUCGCCAUAUCUGUAUCCAAUGUACGGCUUGGGUGAGCUGCCUCAAGGGUUUGCCCGUCUCAGCGCAAUUUACGGUGGUACUUACAUGCUGGAUAAACCCAUUGAUGAGAUCGUCUACGACGAAAACGGCAAAGUAGUGGGAGUCAAAUCGGGAGGCGAAAUGGCUCGGUGCAAGCAACUCUAUUGUGACCCCACCUAUGUCCCAGAUCGUGUUGAAAAGGUGAGCAAAGUGGUCCGUUGCGUUUGCUUGAUGGAUCAUCCUAUUCCCAACACCAAGGACGCUCUCUCCACCCAAAUUAUCAUUCCACAGAAGCAAGUCAACCGCAAUUCGGAUAUUUACAUAUCGAUGGUAAGCUACACGCACCAGGUAGCUGCUAAGGGCUGGUUCAUUGCCAUGGUGUCUACCACCGUAGAAACCAAUAACCCAGAAGCUGAAAUUAAACCGGCUUUGGAUCUUCUAGGUCCCAUUAAACAAAAGUUUAUGACGGUGACCGACUUUUACACUCCUAAAGAAGAUGGCCGUGAUUCGCAAGUGUUUAUCUCUAAGUCGUACGACGCCACCACUCAUUUCGAAACGACCUGUUUGGACGUUCUUGACGUUUAUCGUCGUGGCACUGGCGAAGAUUUUGACUUUUCCAAAGUCCGUCACGACCUCGGUGACGAGGAACAGUAGAAAUGCAAUUUAAACAAUGACUAACCCCACAAUUCAGGAAUGCUAACUAAAAAUAACAAGAAUGGCUAUUCCGUAUCCGUGACCCCAAAUGGCGUUCAUAUUCACUCUUGAUACAUCCAAGUCAAUGGGGGAAACUAUUUUUUCUUUGUUUUGUCUAAACCAAGUGCAGUGGAUGGACUUUCGAUUUUGGUUUUUGCUAUCUCUGAAAAUGAUUUGUUUUUCCCGAAAUACUGUGUGACUAUGCCCAUUUAUCCGACUAUAUUUUUUUUCUUUCUUACUCCACCCAACAUUUUCUCAUCCUUUAAUUCUGGCAUAUAUGGUAUACACACACACACUUGCAAAAAGGAUAAAAAAAAGCUUACUAUUAUUACACGUCAUUGGCUGUG